UCUUCCAACUCCAUUUUCUUUAAAGUAAGCACUAUACACAUGAUAUGUUAGACUUCUUUCAAUUCUUAGGAUCCUAAGGUAAUGGAUACCGGCAAUUUAACACCAAAGUUCUCCAUUGACGUUGCAAUGGUGCGGUGUCCAGCUGAGGGGAACGGCGGCGUAGCGUGUUAGUCGCCGGAGAAAAGAAGUGUGUCUUCUCCGGCGUUAUGAGAAUCUUAGACAGAUUCAUCAGCACAUCCCUUUCUCCACUUCCCCGUGGCCCAUUCACUGCCACAAUCCAAACCCGCUUCAAGAAACCCGCCAACACAGCCCAGACCCGCCUCGAGACGCGCACCCGGGACCCCAAACUCGAUGUCCUCGCCUUCCACCGCCGCCGCCUCACCCUCAUCCUCGGCCUCUACAGCCUCGUAUCCGCCAAGCAACGAGGGCCCUUCGUCUCCUUACAGCUGCUCUCCCGGUGGGUCCCUCACGCCGGUGUCAAUACCCUCUCUCCCGGCGAGUUUCUUCGGAAGUACCCACAUGUUUUUCAGGUAUUUACCCACCCUGUCAGAAGGAAUUUGUGCUGUAAAUUUACGUCGAAAUUUGUGGAAUUGCUUAAGCUGGAAGAGGAAAUUGUAUGUAAUAUGGAGAAUGUUAAUGUGAUUAAGAUAAGGAGGAUUCUGUCGAUGUCUGUGAAUGGUAGAGUUCAUUUACAUGCAAUUAGAUUGAUGAGAAGGGAACUGGGUUUGCCUGAAGAUUUCAGGGAAUCCGUAAUUAGAAAGCAUGGUGAGAUAUUUAGAAUGAUAGACUUGGAGAUAGUGGAGUUGGUUGAUUGGAAUGAGAAUGAAAGGGCUUUCAAUUGUUCAGCAGAGGUUGAAAAGUGGAGGGAAAAAGAGUUCAGAGAGAAAUGGUUGAGUGAGUUCGAGACGAAAUAUGCAUUUCCAAUUAAUUUUCCAACAGGUCUCAAGAUAGUUCCAGGGUUCAGGGAGAGAUUGAGGAAUUGGCAGAGGCUCUCGUAUGUGAAGCCCUAUGAGAGGGUGGAAAAAGUUCGAGUUCGUACUUGUGGAGGGGUUGAGAGGUAUGAGAAACGGGCUGUGGGAAUCAUUCACGAGCUUUUGUGCUUGACGGUGGAGAAGAUGGUGGAGGUAGAAAGGUUGGCGCAUUUUAGGAAGGAUCUUGGAAUAGAGGUUAAUUUGCGCGAGCUUCUUUUGAAGCAUCCUGGGAUUUUCUAUAUAUCGACAAGAGGGAAUACUCUAAUGGUUUUUCUAAGGGAAGUGUAUAGUGGAGGUUGUUUGGUUGAAACAAAUAUGGUUUAUGAUGUUCGGAGGAAAAUGUUGGAGCUUUUACUUUUGGGUUGUCGCAAUACCAGGGAGUUGAGAGAGCAAGAGGAAGCUGGAGAAGAUAGAAACGAUGCAGCGAAUGAUGAGGAUGGAGGUGGUAGAAAAGAUGGUGACUUUGUUAUUCCAAUUUUAGAGAGCUAUUCUGGCAAUAAUCAUGGUUGUGAUUUCAAUUAUCAAGGUUAGAGCUUAGAGGGCUAUAUGAGUAAAAAGGCAGUUAAACGACUCUAGGAAUGUUGGAUUUGCAAUGGAGCAUGCAAUUCUCAGUAACUUUGCCAAGUGAGCUUGGCAGAUGAAAUGACUGGGACUUUGUAUAAGUCUUGAACAAUACUUCCCAGAAGGCUAUGCUGUUAUCAUUUCUCACAACAUGUUAGAAGAUUCAGGUUCAUGACUUGUUGCUUUGUUUAUCUACAUUUGGGCUUCAGUUUCAACCAGAAUCCCUUGUAUUGGUUCAUCAUUGGCAUCAGAGAUUGUAUAUGUGGCUGAAAAUUCUUUUUGAUGCCACGGUUGGCUGGUGGAAACUGCUGGAACCUGUAUUCCUAUACUGAGCAAACAGCUGCCGUGCAGGAAAGGAGGAUGGAUUAUGGUAAAGGGGGUGGGGGUUAAGCAUGCAAGAUGGCACUUCCACUUUUCCAAUUUUUGGAAAGUUAUUCAGGCUGUAAUCUGUAUUUGAAGUGGAAUUGACAUGAACUAUCGAUCUUGGUGUCUUUGUA